UGCGUCUGCGUCUUGGUCGGAGCCGGAGUCAAGCAGAAAAUGAAAGAAAUUGAUCAAAUGUAUCGGAAAAAAAUAUUUUAGUCCUCGUCAAAUAGGUAUAAUAUCCGUGUGAAAUCAAGCGAAGUUUGAAUCAACGCAUAUCCCAAAGAUGACCACAAUCAACGAUCUUCCGAACGAGAUCCUGCUCAUGAUUUUCCAGAAGGUUAAGGCUAAGAAGCAAUUAACCCGUACCUGUAAACGCUGGAAUGAGCUGAUUGUUAACUUUCUGUUUCUGAGUAUCGAUCUCUCUAGCGAGGAACGCAUCCGGAAAUUUAUGGACAUCACUUUUACCCGCAGCUACGGGCAGCUCGACAUCUACGGGGUCAUGUUGGUGCGGUCAGACUUUGACUGGACGGACAGUUCACGGCAGCUGGAAAAUGCGCAUGCUAAGCGAGUUCGCUAUGAAAGUGAUCCGUACGUGUUGUUGCGCAAGUGCCUGCAAGUGGUCCGUCAAUAUGAAGGGAUCGUGGAGUAUAUGAGUUUGACCUUUGGGCCGAUUAUGGACAAAAGUUUGAUGGGCUUCUUGCCCCGGAGCGAUGGACCCAGCUUGUUGGAGUCUUUGGUGAUCCGUUUUGAAAGUUGGGACAACAUAAAAUCGGAGGAUUGGAUCAUUGAUCGAAUGGAGUUUAUUUCCGAGGAGGGAUUGAAGGAAAUUUCCGAGAUGCCAAACCUCAAACGUCUCGAGUAUGAUGACAACCGUUCAAAAGGAGAUCGAACUGCCCGACGAAAGUUCUUUGACGCAAUCGCCCGGAAGGCCAAAGCAAUAACAGAGAUAUAUUUGUCAUGCAACUAUUACGCUUGUUUUUCGGAUUUCCGAAUUAUUCGUAGUUUUUCGACGCAGUUACAGGAUUUAUCUUGUACCGUGUAUCCCAUAUUUGUGAAAGAUUUCUUACAGCUUGCGUUUCCGGAAGUAAAAUCUCUCUACCUAGACUUCAGACCCUGCACAACAAUGCCAGACCCGGGCCGGUUCUUCGAAAACGCCAAAUCACUUGUCGAUUUGAACGUUGCCAAUAUCAAUAGUGAUGAGUUCUUCCGGCAAGGUGUCUAUUGUAGCUCUGCUACCGUCGAGUGGUUGACCAUUACUGGAAAUCAACAAAUACCCAUGGACGGGCUGCAGGGCUUGAUCGGUUUGAAAGAAUUGAAACUGUAUGGGUAUGUUGGAUCCGAAGUACAACAUGCGGUGCCUCACUCUACGUCGUUGGAAAAGUUGGUAAUUGAACGGUGCACCAGCGGCUUUUCCUUCUACGGCGUUUUGGCGGAAAGUGUUCCUCAUAUUACGGAACUUCACAUCACCGAAGAUGCGGCGUUGAAUGAUGAGUGCCUACGGGUUAUAUGCACCACAAUGCCUAACUUACGCCGGUUCAAGCUCAAUCUAGACUUAUUCUUGCGAGAUCCGGUUACUGAUAGGGGCUUGCAUUACAUCGGAAACCUCCGCCAACUGGAAUACCUUUCUUUGGAAUGCUUCGAUGAUGCAGAUUUGAUUAUGGGGCGAAAUGAUUUGAUUGGUUUUUGUUGGGCGCCAUUGCUUUGGGCAUCAGAAAUCCACCUAAAUGGCUUUCCUAUGAUCAAUGUGCAAAACGUGCUGGAUUUUCUGUUGAAUCCCAACUUGCAGAGCUUGUCCUUGGAGCAGUGCGGCAGGAAUGUCAAUAUGAUAGAAACUGUGAGGAAGAUCAAGCAGCUGAUGGCCGUUUCACGACCACUGCCACAUCUUGAGAUCGCCGAUUUCUGGUAAGUAGGUGAAUAAAAGCAACGAACGCCAUUGCUGCCCCCAACGGACACCAAGAGCAUAAUGUCAUUUCAUACUAUCUAUAUAUUAGAUGUCGAGCAGUAUAGUUCAACUACAUAUAUUCUUAUGUCAUGCGAAUGGACAAUUCAAAAAAAUAACGUACAUUUAAAACAUAAGAUUUUAACGAGUCACAGUAAAAAUAGUUUUUUUUUAUUUAGCUUAUUGGUUUUGAAGAAUGAAACAAGUAUGUACAGGGAGAACGUUACUUUUAUAAUAAACUCAAUAUCGGUUACAAGAUUGCUAAAUACAUUUAUUGAUAGUCAAUCACAACGUAUGUCUGUCUAUUUCUAUGAACAUUUUUAAAGAUGGGAUCGUACUCAAUCAACUACAGCUGGAAAUCAUCGAGAUGUUUUGGGCGUCCCCCUUUCUCUGCGGGGUCGCUGUAGUGCGUCCGCUACCUGGGAUGAAACCGGAUCUUCGACUGGUUCGACAACCUCAUUCGUUUACGCCUACCGUUGUUGCAUUCCUUCCGCUGGUCUCACAACCCGAAUAAAAAAUAGAGUAGAAAAACCGAACGUUGUAUUGUAACAGUACUAUUUAGAACCAUAUUUUUUACAAUAGACACCACUGUAAAAAUAAAAAUAC